AUGUCUGCUGCGGAAGAGCACCACGAAUACCCCGAGGACCGCCAGACCGCGCCGUCUAUACAUAGCGACGAGACCUUGCGAGAAGAAGAACACGAGACGCGCCCUGAGGGCCGGCCUCACGAGCAUCGUGUGCGAUUCCGUUCGCUAAACAACGGCGAUGAUGCGCGUACCUUGGUCAAUGAACGUUUGGAUAACCCCGACCAUCCUCGCCAGCCAUUCCAUAUACCACCGGAGGCAGAAAAGCAGGACGAAUCAAGGAAGUCCGAAGACGUGACGGAUGCUGAGCGUGCUCAACCGGAUAUCAAUGACCUUAAAAGCCAAGAUCAUACCAAGAAAGAGGGCAAGCAGGUGGACGAAGAGAAAGAAGAAAAAGAGGCAAAGAAGGAGAAAAAAUGGUUUAGUUUGGGGAAAGCAAAGAAAUUCUGGAGUAUGGAAAAGGCAAGAUUGUUUGCUGAAAAGCUGGGCCGUGAACCAACACAGGGAGAUGGCCUGACGUCGUCGAUACCGGACGCUACUUGGGCAGGCGACGGAGGUGUCCCUUACUCAGAUAUCACGGAUAACCACAGGAAGACUGAUGAAGAUCGUCGAAAGGACCAAGGUCAUCCCACGUCAGAGGCUCAUCGGUUGGUCCGAGAAAUGACACAGCACCACACAGAGCCUCGAUCUCGUCCUCAUGAUAGGGAGCGACAGCCAUUAGAGUCUGCACAGGCCGGCGCACCGGGAGAGGACCCAGAUUCCAUGGCCCGAAUGGGCGGUGGAGGCGUUCUAGGUAACCUGUUGAAGCUCUAUGGUGCAGGCGCACAAGGAGGAGGAGGGCAUGACAGCCGUGCUGGGAGCACUAGUACCACAGAUUCGGAUGUCUCGCCGUCUCCCGGAUGGUCCACCCCGUCGUCUGGAGCGACGACUCCGAAGAAAGACAAGGUGAAAUGGUACAACAAAGACAAGAACAAAUCCACAACUUCGCUAAUCGGUGCUGCAUCGCAUUUGAGCGCCGCAGGAGCACCAAGCCACUCCAACCGCAUGAUGUCGGCAGCUGCAAAGAAACGCAAACAGUCAGGAAAGCCCCGACUGGAAGACGAAAUCCGUGUAACUGUUCAUAUUGCAGAAAUUAUUACUCGACAGCGCUUCCUGAUGCAACUAUGCCGUGCCCUGAUGAAGUUUGGCGCUCCAACUCACAGGCUGGAAGAAUACAUGCAGAUGACUGCCCGUGUCCUAGAAGUUGAUGCUCAAUUUCUGUACUUGCCAGGUUGCAUGAUCAUGGCCUUUGAUGAUACGACAACACGCACCACAGAAUUCAAGUUAGUUCGAAUCGGACAGGGGGUGGAUCUUAGCCGACUGGCCGACACUCACAGCGUGUACAAGAACGUGGUACAUGAUAUGAUUGGAGUCGAAGAAGCGAUACACCAAUUAGAUGAGAUCAUGAACCGCAAGCCCAGAUUUCCGAUCUGGUUCUUGAUUUUCAUGUACGGCUUAGCUAGUGCGACUGUUGGGCCGUAUGCAUUUGGAGCUCGUCCCAUUGACAUGCCUGUCUCAUUUAUACUUGGUGCCAUGCUUGGAUUCAUGCAGCUCGUUCUUGCGAAAAAGUCAUCUUUGUACUCUAACGUGUUUGAAGUAUGUGCAGCGGUGCUGAUUUCGUUCUUGGCGCGUGCAUUUGGAAGCAUUCGAUGGGGAGUUGUCAAUGGCAAACAAGAAUAUCUAUUUUGCUUCGCUGGUAUUGCCCAAGCCGGCAUUGCUCUUAUUUUGCCAGGAUUCUUGGUUCUCUGCAGUAGUUUGGAGUUACAAUCCCAUCAAAUGAUAGCGGGCUCAAUCCGAAUGGUCUACGCUAUUAUCUAUUCGCUAUUCCUUGGUUAUGGAAUCACUGUCGGCGUCACCAUAUAUGGGUUGAUCGACGGCAACGCGAACUCCAACACCACUUGUCCCUCGUGGCCUAUCAACAACCCUUAUGUUCAACGAUUUCCCUUUGUUGUCGCGAUGACAAUAUGGAUAGUCGUCCUCAACCAGGGGAAAUUCAAGCAGGCUCCGGUUAUGAUGAUCAUUGCGUUCAUUGGCUACGUGGUCAACUACUUCAGCACUAAGCGUGUUGGCAGCAACUCGCAAGUCGCAAAUACUCUCGGGGCUUUUGUAAUUGGAGUCAUGGGGAAUCUCUACAGUAGGCUAUGGCAUGGCCACGCAGCAACGGCCAUUCUGCCCGCAAUCUUUGUUCUUGUGCCUUCUGGUCUUGCAUCCUCGGGCUCGUUGAUUUCAGGCGUUCAAUCAGCGGACGAGAUCCGAAGAAAUGUCACAUCACCAAAAAAUGGGACUAAUACAGGAGCAGGAACUGGUGCCGGUGGUCAAGCAGGCACUGGCAUAUCGGGGACAUCAGUAUUCAUCCUUGGAUUUGGUAUGGUGCAGGUUGCUAUUGGCAUUACAGUUGGAUUGUUUAUGGCUGCGUUAGUUGUUUAUCCCACUGGCAAGCGAAGAAGCGGUCUGUUUAGUUUUUGA